CCAUGUUUGGUGGUGGCAUUCCAAUUGGCUUGAUCAAGCUGGCUCCCACUCCUGUUCCAUUCGAGACCGCGCGGAUCUGGCUGUAUCCAUAGUAGUAACCGGAAGCUCCACCUGUUGAUGCAUCCGCGCUAUGAUGAGGGCAGGACGAGCAAUGGAUCGCUGAUACCGUGAUGCUCGACCUGCCGUGCGCCUACUUAACCUUCACAUUCCCCGCCACCCUGCCCAGAUCUCUUUUGCUCUCCACAUACACCUUCUACAAUCAACAGUUGACCUCAUAACACGAAAAUAUCAUGUCUACCGCUCAAUUGAAGACCGCUCACGCCUCGUGGGAGCAGCCCACUGGCCUCUUCAUCAACAACGAAUGGGUCAACGGUGUUGAUGGCAAGACCUUUGAAGUCGUCAACCCAGCCGAUGAAACAGUCAUCACUUCUGUUGCUGAGGCCACCGAAAAGGAUGUCGACAUUGCUGUCGCCGCCGCCCGCAAGGCAUUCGAGGGUGCUUGGAGAAAAGAGACCCCAGAGAACCGUGGCAAGCUUCUACGCAAACUUGCCGAUCUCAUGGAGGCCAACAUCGAUAAGCUCGCCGCUUGUGAGUCGCUAGAUAACGGUAAGGCCAUCACUAUGGCAAAGGGCGAUGUGGGCAUGGCCGCCGCUACACUCAGAUACUACGGUGGAUGGGCAGACAAGAUUGAGGGUAAGGUCGUAGACACCACACCUGACACCUUUAACUACAUCAAGAAGGAGCCUAUUGGUGUGUGCGGUCAGAUCAUCCCGUGGAACUUUCCAAUCCUCAUGUGGGCGUGGAAGAUUGGCCCCGCUGUCGCUGCCGGUAACACCGUUGUCCUUAAGACCGCUGAACAGACUCCUCUGUCAGCUUUGAUUGCUGCGAAUCUCAUCAAAGAAGCUGGCUUUCCACCAGGUGUUAUCAACAUCAUCUCUGGUUUCGGCAAGGUUGCUGGUGCCGCUAUCUCUGCACAUAUGGAUGUCGACAAGGUCGCGUUCACAGGUUCAACUGUCGUCGGCCGCACUAUCAUGAAGGCUGCCGCUGGCUCUAACCUCAAGAAGGUAACUCUUGAGCUCGGUGGAAAGAGCCCUAACUUAGUGUUCGAGGAUGCCGACAUUGACAACGCCAUAUCAUGGGUUAACUUUGGAAUCUUCUUCAACCAUGGCCAGUGCUGCUGCGCUGGAUCUCGUAUCUACGUUCAGGAGUCUAUCUACGACAAGUUCGUCCAGCGAUUCAAGGAGCGCGCGGCUAAGAAUGUUGUUGGUGACCCAUUCGAUGCCAAUACUUUCCAGGGUCCUCAGGUCUCGCAAGUUCAGUUUGACCGCAUUAUGAGCUACAUUGAUGCUGGUAAGACUGCUGGUGCCACUGUCGAAAUCGGAGGUAAGCGAAAGGGUGAGAAGGGUUACUUCAUCGAGCCAACCAUCUUCUCCAACGUGUCUGAGGACAUGAAGAUAAUGCAAGAGGAGAUUUUCGGCCCAGUCUGCUCCAUUGCAAAGUUCAAGAACAAGGAAGAUGCUAUUCGUCUAGGUAACGCCACUACCUACGGUCUCGCCGCGGCUGUCCACACAUCGAACCUCAAUACUGCCAUCGAGGUUUCGAAUGCUCUACGCGCCGGGACAGUGUGGGUCAACACCUACAAUACUCUCCAUCACCAGCUACCGUUCGGUGGCUUCAAGGAGUCUGGUAUCGGCCGUGAGCUUGGUGAGGCCGCUCUUGAUAAUUACCUACAGACCAAGACUGUAUCCAUUCGCCUUGGUGAUGCUCUCUUCGGUUAAGCAAUAUGAACCAAAAAAUAAUGUAAUUUCAAGGAAAUAGGCACAGCUUUACCUGCCUGUCAUGUAUAUAUCACCUAACGAGAAAUUGAAUCAAC